AGCACUCGCCGUAUCGCAUUUAUUCCGUUCUACUCCCGAACUUCACCCUCGGGACAAUUUUACGCUUGUGGAAUACCAUCUUACCACCUCGACCUUUCGUGAUGCCUCCCAAGAGAAGAGCAGCCGUCAACCACAAGCUUGUGAGGGGAGCCAAGCAGGCCAGGACAACCAGAAGACAAACCCCCGGAGUACACAUUGUACAGGAGGCAACAGCUGAUGGUGAGUCUGCCAAUUACGGAAAUAUCGAAGGUGGCAACAGAAUUAACGUACAAUCGGCGCAGCUUGUAAAUGCUGCGCAGGCUGCUAACUCGGCUACCCAGGUAAACGAGCAACUGGAAAAAAUACUCCAGUUGCUGGAACAUUCAGCGCCCGGCCCGGUUAGCGCAAACCAACAGGUAAGGCUUGGUUUUAGUUCUCCCGCCAUUUCGCCCAACAUAGGGAGAAUCCCCGAUGCUCACAACGAGGCCGACGGUGACGCGGCUUGGCCAGCCAAUCACAUCGCAGGAUACGGGGAUUCCCUUUCCUUCCGUGCGGACGGAAUAGACGCGCACGUCAAACAACAGGUGAGGGAAAAAAUCUGGCGUGGCGAGUAUGUCGACCUCGGCACAAUCCUACCAAACACCGAGGGAAGUCACGAGGACGGUACGAUUACCAUGGCGUACGACUCCUCAGUAGGCACUCCGAGGUCCGCACAACCCAGGGGUUGCUGUCCUACAUGGAAACCAUAAGAACGGCGGCACUUCGAUUCGGGGGGGAUGCCUGGUCAACCUACGACCAACAAUUCCGACACAGAAUGUCAAGGGACCCCUCACGACGCUGGGACAACAUCGACGGGGAGUUGUGGCUGAAGUACAUGGUAACACAGCCGGUACUACAACCAGAAUCAGGCGGACGGGGCGCAAUGACACGCGUACAGGGGGACAUCGCCAGUCAGGUAUGCUGGG